AUCAUGGAUAAAACUUACAAAAUCGAUAUCGAAGAUAUCGCCAAUAAACCUCUAUUGGACGCCACAAAUCCACAGAUACUUACACCGAAUUACAUCUUAGAUAACAAACAUUUAACCAUCAAAAUCUCCCUAUCAACCCUUGACAAAAUCCUCUCCUCCACGAUCUUCUGCUUCCUCAUCGCCUGCUGUUGGCGAGGCACCUCGGGCAUCAUCGACGUCUACGGCCACUACUUCCCUUACCUCGAAUCCCUCAUCCUCAGCGUCUCCAUCUUCCUAGUAAUGGCUCUAACUCAACGCUACUUCCACAACAUAGCCUUCCAAUCCAAGUGCCUCACCUUCGCCCUCGCCAAGACCUACUUCUUCAUUGGCUACAUCGCCACUAUACUCCACUUCAGGAGCUUGUGGGCCUACUACGACGUCGUCGACGAGGAGUUUUACGAAUUCGGCGCCAGGUGGUACGUCCCUAGGUCCACGUGUAGCGUCGCGCUCCUCAUCAUAGCCUCGACUUGUUUGGCGGGAAUCAGAGGCGUUGUAAAUCUUAAUACAUCUCCUAUGAGCAUCAAUGCGGAUGUCAAAGAGGAGGAUUUUGUCGUGGAUUUCGCUUUUUUCAAGAUGGGCGAAAAAACAUUUUUGUACAUAUUAGACUGCAUAUUCUCCAUAUUGAUAGUGGGCACAUUGGUAGUAUUCGUUUGGAGGGGCUCCUGGUUGCUGAUCGACAUAUUCCUCUUCCCCGACGAUUUCACCCUAUCCUCUUGGAGCAGUUUGGCGCUGGGAUACGCGAUAGUCGCGACGGCUUUCCUUCUGCAACCGAUAAUGCGGUACAUCUGCGAAAGAUUGACCGGCACUGCGCGAUUACUGGUCGCCGAUAUCUUCAUUAUAUUCGCCCUCUUCGGAACAGUGAACGUGUGGAGAGGCAUAUGGAAUUUACUCGACAUUUAUUUCCUACCCGAUAAUCGAGAGUUGAGCUGCUGGAUAUGCCAUUGGGUGAGCCUGAUCAUUCUGGUGCUCUGCCGGUGCUCGAACUCGCUGCUGAUUCGGGGGGUUUACAUAGACGCCGAGGAGCCGGAGGGAAAGUGCGUCAUUUUCCCCUGCUACUAUCUCAGGAUCCUCUUCGGGAAGAAGAAACUGGAGAAGUUGAAUUUGGACGCGGAGGCCAUGAAGAUACAUGCGAAAGAAAACGAAGCGACUUCGAAUAAGAUCAAUACGAUUAGUAAUACUGUCGAGGAAAAUCCUACCAAAGAACCCAAGUAA